GAUCUAGCCAGCAGAGAUGGCACCCCCACAACAUGGAACUUGGCACAGACGCUGUCCGACCACACUGUCAUUUUCCUCGUAACAAAAAGCCAACCACGAAUUAAUUUUCCUAAAUUUAAUCGAAACGCGCUGCGAAAAACCCUCAAAUAAUGCGAAUCACCGUCAGCGGAAAGUGUAUAUCAGUGCGAUAGAGUGCAACAAGUGGUAAUGAAGUGAGAGAGAAAGCCAGGCAGAGAUUUGUCAACAAAAAAGAGGAAAAAAAAAGAAAAAAAAAAAAGAAAGAAAUAAGUGCCGUGUGUUCGAAACGCUAAAAAGGCGAGAACAAAGAAUCAAAUCGUUGGAAAACCCGCAGAAAACCCUGGGCCCGAAGCUCCGACCGCCACCGAUUCGGAUUCGGAUUCAUUAAAAUUCCGUGAGGCCGGCCUCCCUCCCGCCAGUGUCCGCCAGAGAAUCAAAUCAAAUUAAAAAUCAACUAAUAUUUUGAUAUUCAAAUAUUCAAAUGAAAUUCAUUCAUCGCCGCCUGGGACUUUGUUCGAAUCUGCCAACUAUUUCUCGAAUUUGAAUUGUGUAUGAGAGGCCUAAAAAAUAAAAAGAAAUAAAAAAUAAAAAAUAAAAUGUAAAGAGAGGAGAUUUUUUUUGUUAAAAUGCAAAUGUGAAGUGGAAGAAUUCUCCGCCCGAGUGAUAAAUAAUCCGACGACAAACAAAAGGCAAAAAAAAAAAUAAGGGGGGGUCCAACGAGCAAACACAUUUAUCUUUAUUGAGAGCAACAAUAUCAAGAUCGAGACUAAGUAGUUAUAUUCAAAUUGAAAUGCAAAAAUUCCUCACAAAAUAAAUAACUAACUUUUCAAACAAGACUUUAACAAUAAUAGUAUUUAUUUUUAAAGCAAAAUCUCUGGCCGUCGAUGCCGGGUGGUGUUGUGUGUGCGAGUGCGUGUUCGAGAGGCAGUAUUUUAGCCAGCAUUUUGUGAUAUGUGUGCUAAAUAUCCCGGUCCGACGAAGCAGCAGAAUGCAUCCAGCGGGCGAAAAAAGGGGCGGUCGCCCCAAUGAUAAAUACACGGCGGAAGCCCUCGAGAGCAUCAAGCAGGACCUCACCCGCUUCGAAGUACAAAAUAACCAUAGGAAUAAUCAGAACUACACAGCUCUGCGAUACAACGCGGCCAAUGGACGCAAUGAUGCACUUACUCCGGACUACCACCAUGCCAAGCCGCCGAUGGAGCCCCCACCGUCGGCGUCGCCCUCCCCCGACGUGGUUGUGCCCCCGCCCCCGGCGAUCGUAGGCCAACAGGGGGUGGACAGGGGGGUCGGUCAUGUGCCAAAGAUGAUUACGGCUCUGAUGCCGAACAAGCUGAUCCGGAAGCCGAGUGUCGAGCGGGAUACGGCCAGUAGUCAUUACUUGAGAUGCAGUCCGGCCUUGGAUUCCGGGGCCGGAAGCUCUCGAUCGGAUUCGCCGCACUCGCACUCCCACUCCGCCCUCACCCACGCCCACCAGCCCAGCUCCCGGCCCGGCGGCGGCACUCCCGGCGGCAAUGGUGGCUUCUCCCCAUCGCCGAGUGGAUUCAGUGAUUCAGUUGGUGCCCCGCCGGCGCCGCCGCCAAGGAAUCCCACCGCAUCGAGUGCGGCCACGCCCCCGCCACCGGUGCCGCCCACAAGCCAGGCGUACGUGAAGCGUCGCUCACCGGCCCUGAACCGGCCGCCGGCGAUAGCACCACCCACCCAGCGGGGCACUUCGCCGGUGAUCACCCAGAACGGGAUCAAGAACCAGCAGCAGCUUACCCAGCAGAUGAAGGCCCUCAACCUGUAUCCUGGCGGAGCCAGUGGUGCUGUGGCGGCGGAGCCUCCACCGCCGUAUCUCAUCCAGUCGGGCGUGGCCCAGCCCCCGCCGCCGCCCAGUUACACGGCCUCCAUGCAAUCCCGGCAAUCGCCGACGCAGUCCCAGCAAUCGGACUACCGGAAGUCGCCCAGUAGUGGCAUUUAUUCGGCCACCUCGGCGGGUUCGCCGAGUCCCAUCACCGUCAGUAUGCCGCCCGCUCCGCUGGCGAAGCCGCAGCCCCGGGCCUACCAGGCCAGGACCCAGCAGCCGAUCAUCAUGCAGAGUGUGAAGAGCACCCAGGUGCAGAAGCCGGUGCUGCAGACGGCGGUGGCGCCACAAUCCCCGUCGAGUGCCUCGGCGAGCAACUCGCCGGUGCACGUCCUAGCCGCCCCGCCCUCGUAUCCCCAGAAAUCGGCGGCCGUGAUGCAGCAGCAGCAACAGGCGGCGGCAGCGGCCCACCAGCUGCAGCAACAUCAGCUGCAAUCGAAGCCACCGACGCCCACGACACCGCCUCUGCUCACGGGAGGAAGUAUUUCAGGACUAAGUAGCAAACCCACCUGCCUGGAGCCACCAUCCUACGCGAAGAGCAUGCAGGCCAAGGCGGCCACGGUGCAACAGGUGCAGCAGCAGCAGCAACAACUCCAGGCACUCCGAGUCCUGCAGAGCCAGCGGGAGAGGGAGCAGCGGGAGCUAAGGGAGAGGGAGCAGCAGAAGCUAACGAAUGGGAAUCCCAGCCGGCAGUUGCCACCUCCGCCACCCUAUCAGAGCAGCAACAACAACAACAAUACUGAUGCAAAACCACCCAGCAAUAGUAAUCACACCAACAGCAACAACAACAAUAACAACAACAAUAUACAGAUCAGUAAUAGCAAUCUGGCCACCACUCCACCGAUACCACCGGCCAAGAAUAGCUCGGCGGCGAGUACGGGAGCCAAUAGUUCCGGCGGCAGCAAUGGAUCCGCCAGCACCACCGCCUCGUCCGCCACCGCCUGCAAGAAAAUCAAACACGCCUCGCCCAUACCCGAACGGAAGAAGAUCUCCAAGGAGAAGGAGGAGGAGCGCAAGGAGUUCCGCGUCAGGCAGUACUCGCCGCAGGCCUUCAAGUUCUUCAUGGAGCAGCACAUCGAGAAUGUCAUCAAGUCGUAUCGCCAGCGCACCUACCGCAAGAACCAACUGGAGAAGGAGAUGCUGAAGGUGGGCCUCCCGGACCAGACGCAGAUCGAGAUGCGGAAAAUGCUGAACCAGAAGGAGAGCAACUACAUCCGGCUGAAGCGCGCCAAGAUGGACAAGAGCAUGUUCGUCAAGCUGAAGCCCAUCGGCGUGGGUGCCUUUGGCGAGGUCACCCUGGUGCGGAAGAUCGACACCUCCAACCACCUGUACGCGAUGAAAACGCUGCGGAAGGCCGAUGUCCUGAAGCGGAACCAGGUGGCCCACGUCAAGGCCGAAAGAGACAUUCUGGCAGAGGCUGACAACUGUUGGGUAGUGAAGCUGUACUACAGCUUCCAGGACAAGGAUAACCUGUACUUUGUAAUGGACUACAUACCGGGUGGGGAUCUGAUGUCGCUGCUAAUAAAGCUGGGGAUCUUUGAGGAGGAACUGGCCCGCUUCUACAUCGCUGAAGUCACCUGCGCCGUGGACAGUGUCCACAAAAUGGGCUUCAUUCACAGAGACAUCAAGCCUGACAACAUACUCAUCGACAGAGACGGACACAUAAAACUCACCGAUUUCGGCCUCUGCACUGGCUUCCGAUGGACGCACAACUCGAAGUAUUACCAAGAGAAUGGAAACCACUCGCGCCAGGAUUCAAUGGAACCUUGGGAGGAAUACUCGGAGAACGGUCCAAAGCCCACUGUGCUGGAGAGACGUCGCAUGCGUGAUCACCAAAGAGUCCUGGCCCACUCCCUAGUGGGCACACCCAACUACAUAGCGCCCGAGGUGCUGGAGAGGAGCGGAUAUACGCAGCUCUGCGACUACUGGAGCGUGGGCGUGAUCCUCUACGAGAUGCUGGUGGGGCAGCCGCCCUUCUUGGCCAACAGUCCCCUGGAAACGCAGCAAAAGGUUAUUAAUUGGGAAAAGACGCUUCACAUACCGCCACAGGCUGAGUUGUCUCGGGAAGCCACGGAUUUGAUUCGACGACUCUGUGCAUCGGCGGACAAGCGACUGGGGAAGAGUGUGGACGAAGUGAAAGGCCACGACUUCUUCAGGGGCAUCGAUUUUGCGGAUAUGCGAAAACAGCGGGCGCCUUUCAUCCCGGAAAUUAAACAUCCAACGGAUACGUCAAACUUUGAUCCUGUCGAUCCAGAGAAGCUGCGCUCCAACGAUUCCAACAUGAGCAGCGGCGACGAUAUCGAUCUGAACGAUCGCCAGUUUCAUGGAUUUUUCGAAUUUACCUUUAGGCGAUUCUUCGACGACAAACAGCAUCCGGACAUACCGGAUGACCAGGCGCCGGUCUACGUCUGAGGCUGAUUGUUAUAUAUGUAGAACCUCCCCCCCACCCCCCAUUUUUUAUCCCCCUCCCAACCAACCAACCACCCCCCCUACACUCAUUGUUAGUCAAAUAGUCACAAAAGAAAGAUGAAAUGUUGAGCGGGUUUUUGCAAGUGCAAGUGCGAGUGACUAUAGAAUGAAAACUAUAUAUAUUAUAUAAAUAAUAGGAGAAAGUAGCGAAGGAUACUACCACAUAUACAUAAUGAAUAUACAUAUAUACAUAGAUAUGCUCGAGAGCAUGAACUGAAUAAAUUUAAUAACGAAACAACAGGAUAGGAGCUAAUGAAUCACAUUGGCCUUCUAACUGGUAUACCAUCCUUAUAUACUACUCCCCCAAAUCGUUAUACAUAAUACUAUUGUACUGUUAGUGAAGAAAGAGGGACCAACUGGAGAAUGUUACCACCUUUCUGGUGCGUGCUCAAAGCUAAACGAAAUGCCUUAAAAUCGAAACGAGAUCGCGAAUUUACCCAAAAGUCCCACCACCCAUCACCAACCUUUCCUUUUCUUCCAACCUCCGAUCGAUGGUCAGUGGAUGCAAUUCAGCAGGCUGGUUCAUCCACUCCAUUGGGCUGCAGUUCCAUCUCUUCACUCAGAUUCAGACUGGGAUUGAGAUGGAGGUGUGAGCGUCGGAGAUACGGAGACCAAAAGUCGCACGGCAGCGAUAUAAGCGGGUCUUAUAAGCCUAAUCUAGGGGAGGAGAUCACAGUUCAGUGGCUUUCUGCCAAUCUGCUCAUGAAGAGAAGCCUUCGGAUGUGUCCUCCCAUCACCUAAGCCUAAAUUAAAGCAAAAAACGGAAAAGAACAAACUUAGAUAUACCUUUGUACACAUAUCUAGCAAUGUUAGACCAACUUGUUGAAUGCCAAAUCAAAUUGUUUAGACCCACAGAAGAGGAGUAAGAACUAAAUUCAACACUAAUUAUGAAUUAUGAAUUAUGAAUUAUGAAUUAUGAUUACUAUGAAUAGAAAUACUAUUGUGAAGAAUUAAACGAGACGAGACGAGAUGAAAGCUA